AUGGAGCCCAGAGACGCGAGUGCAGGCGCUUUAGUGGGCAACGAUGGAGAUCAAAAAACUGCAAAAAGCCUUCCAACCCCCAAGAAAACAGACAAAGCCGCACCCCAAAGUAAGAUGGAGCAGAUCUUCGGUUUCAAAAAGGAAGACCUGACCUCCUGGUCCAGCCUGGUGGCCCUCCUGAACCGGCCCAUGGACCCUGCAUCCCUGGGCAUAUUCCGCUGCUUGUUUGGUCUGCUCAUGGCUGUGGACAUCACACAAGAGCGCGGCCUUAGUCAUGUGGACUACAAAUACCUGGACGGUGCCCCCGUGUGCCGGUUCCCACUCUUUAACUUCCUAAAGCCACUUCCAAUGGACUGGAUGUACCUGGUUUAUCUGGUGAUGUUCCUCGGUGCGUUGGGUAUCAUGCUGGGCUGCUUGUACCGUCUUUCCUGCCUGAUGUUCAUCUCCACAUACUGGUACAUCUUCUUCCUGGACAAAACGGCAUGGAAUAAUCACUCCUACCUCUAUGGCCUCAUAGGAUUCCAGCUCACACUUAUGGACGGCAACAGAUACUGGUCACUUGAUGGCUUGAGACGACCUUCCAUCAGAAACGCUCACGUGCCGCUUUGGAACUACACCUUGUUGAGGACGCAGAUAUUCAUAGUGUACUUCAUCGCUGGCGUCAAGAAGCUGGAUGCCGAUUGGAUGGGGGGAUAUUCCAUGUCCUACCUGGCGCACCACUGGCUUUUCGAUCCCUUCAAGGUGAUUCUUCCUGUGGACUUGGUAAGCUUGCUGGUGGUGCACGGUGGUGGCCUCAUGCUGGAUUUGAGUGCUGGUUACCUGCUGUUUUUCGAUGCCACGCGGCCUUACGCGAUCGUCUUUGUAAGCUACUUCCACUGCAUGAACUCUCAGCUCUUCAGCAUUGGCAUGUUCCCUUAUGCAAUGCUGGCGACCAGUCCACUCUUUUGCCAUGCCGACUGGCCCAGGAGGUUCUUUGGUCACUUCCCUGGCUUUCUCAAGGGCGCUCUUCCGCUUACGUCGGAAGAACCUCAGCCUAGUUCUUCUUGUGCUUACCCUGAUCCACCCAGCAGCAGACGGCAGCGGUCAUCUUCCACCUCCAGCCCUCCUAAAUUCCGAUUUAAACACAAACUGGCUGCCGUUUUUACUUUGGUCUACAUCCUGGAGCAGUUCUUUCUGCCUUACUCUCACUUCAUCACUCAGGGUUACAACAACUGGACUAAUGGCUUGUAUGGAUACUCUUGGGACAUGAUGGUUCAUUCCCGCAGCCACCAGCACGUGAAGAUCACGUACAAGGAUGGAAAAACGGGAGAAGUGGGAUACCUCAACCCGGGGGUGUUCACGCAAAGCCGGCGCUGGAAGGAUCACGGUGACAUGCUAAAGCAGUAUGCCACAUGCCUCAGUGGCCUCUUGCCUCGCUACAACAUCUCUGAGCCCCAAAUCUACUUCGACAUCUGGGUGUCCAUUAAUGAACGCUUUCAGCAGAGGAUUUUCGACCCACGCGUGGACAUCGUCAAGGCAGACUGGUCGCCAUUCCGACCCAACAUGUGGUUAAUGCCCCUCCUGGUGGACCUCUCACCAUGGAGAACUAAGUUCCAAGAGAUUGAGAACACUUUGGACAACCAGACCGAAAUAGUCUUCAUUGCAGACUUCCCAGGUCUCCACUUAGAGAACUUUGUGAGUGAAGAUCUGGGCAAUACCAGCAUUCACUUGUUGCAGGGUAGACUCAAUGUGGAAGUAGUGGAAGAGAAGAAGAACUACACUCUGGAGGCUGGGGAGAAGAUACAGGUUCCUGCCGGCGCUUACCACAGGGUGUACACGGUGUCUGAGGGGCCAUCUUGCUACAUGUACGUUUACGUCAACACCACAGAGUCGGCGCUGCAGCAGAGUUUCAGCAAGCUGCUGGACCUCCAGGAGAGCAUUCGCAAUGGGACAGCAACAGAGCCUCUUCCACCCGAGCUGCAGCCUCUCAUGUUGAGCGACGACGACACCGUGAUUGAUAGCGACUCUAAUGAUAAUAACAUCACAGACCCAGUCUUGAAGCUCUUCCUUAAGAGGCAGCGUCGCAUCAAAGAGGUGAAGAAACGCAGGGAGGCCGGCGUGCUGGAGCGACUCGAGCGGUUCACCGUCAAGAAGUAUUACUCUAUACGACGAGGAUUCUUGAUGACUGCCAUUGCCAUGCGAAACCUGGCGGUGGGUUUGCCGCCGAUAGAGCAGCUGACGCAGGAAGUGGCGUUUGCUAACAUGAAAGAACCCGAGGGUGAAAGUAACCAGCACGACUCGUCGAAGGAUGAAGUUGGUCAUGGAGAACUCUGA